CGGCGCGGCCCGGGCGGCGUUGCCAUGGCGACGCGCGGUGCUGGGGCGGGCGGGCCCCUGGGUCUGUAACCCCUCCGGGAGGCCCUAGGGGGGUUUUAGGAGAUAAGGAGGAGAUAAGGAGCCUGUUUGGUGAGGGAGGGUUCCCAGCAGAGCAGGAUCCAGCGCUGCCCCUUCCAGAGGGCCCGGAGUUCCUUGCUCAGCCCCGUGUUCCAGUUCAGACACCAACCUGAAGGGAGAGGAAACUGGCCCAGAAACCCCGCAGGGUACAUGCGAGCUCCCCUGGAACACCGGGACCGGCAGGGCAGCGCAGCUGUGCAUCAGCAGGGUCUGCCAUUUCACCCCAGAAAUGCUGCCAAGCAGAGAAAAACUACCAAACUGAGGCUGGAUUUCCAUUGUACAUGGUGCUGUACAAAUACCCAGUCGGAGACUGGUUGUACCUCAGGGAGCUCAGAGCCUAAAGAGAGCACACAGAUAAAGGGCAUUUUGCACUAAGUUGUGUGGCUGCUCAGCAGAGCUGGGAAUGAUCUCUCCUGAGACACAGGCUGGUGCCUCAGCUACCUGAGUGCAGUUCUGGAGAACAGAGCUGUUGUUAAAAGAAAUGAGCCUGUCACCUUGUGUCCAAGCACAGGACAGCGGGAGACUGAUUCAGCAAAACCAGUUGCACAGCUGCUGGCACACAAGAAACAAAGGACCCUUGAAAUAACUUCCUCAUGGAGGCAUGAGCAAAGCAAUUGGAACCAAGCACAGAGACUGUGAUUGAUAACAGCGGGUCAAGAGGAGUUUGUUUCUGGUUCAAACACACAGAGCGAGCAUUCGGUAAGAGUGUUCAAUAAAGAGAAUAAACCCCUUUGGACCUGCCCUGCCUCCUGAAGGAUUCUGCAUGUUGCAAAUCUUUGGAAAGAUCUGGAUCUCCAGCCUCGUAACGCUGAGGAGGGGGGACUGAGAAGACCAUUAUAUAUCAGUGCCAAGCUCUGCCAACCUGUCAGUCCAGCCAUGCAAGAGAGGGAGAGAGGCAGAGGAAAAGAAAGGAGGGAGUGAAGCAGAGGUUCUUUCAGAUCUCAGCAGACAUUAAGACAAGACCUCGCAGGAUUAAGUCCUAAACCAACACUGCAAGAAAAGAUUCCCUGUUCCGUACAGCAAGGGCAUGGGGCAAUAUUUCAUCCCUUCUGCUGACAAUUUUCCAACUUCUGCAAUAACAAGCCUUUUAUUCUGAAAGAUCCCAAAGUGCUGUCUAAGCUAAUAAAACGCAGCCGCAGCUCGGAGCAACACCGUGAAAGAUCAGGACAGGAGAAUGUGUCGCCUGCAGUUUGGAGGAGAUGGCAGGUCAGGGUGCCCAAGUCUGCCCCGAAGCCAAAAAUGCAGAAGACUUGACAUCCUUUGGGGUGGCAGUAAGGGACCUCUGUCACACACACACCUCUAGAGCCAUCUGGUUUGGUGACAAGAUAGCAGAAAUGACCCUUAACGUUCAUCGUCAGUGGGUACCUCGUUGAAACUUGUACCAAUUUUCUUUGCAAGUAGAUGGAUGUCAUUCCCAUUCAUUUCCCUUUAAUAUGAAAAGCAGAUUCUCCUGGAUCAUGUGCCUGGUACCGCGCGUAUCCUUUCAUUGUUGAUAGGAGGCUUUGACAACAAUAAAACUUAAAGCUAGCAAGUUUUCCUCUCUUUGGAAUGAUUAUGUAGUUAUGAAGAACAAUUGAGCCAGACAAUGACACAACCUGUUUCUUGUCUUCCUCAAUGGGAAAUGGGCUUUGAGUUUUGUGAGGAUGUUCAUAAACAGCCAAGAGUGUGUAAGGCAAAGAAUGACCUCAAAGCUGAGUUUUACACAGGAGAACAAAGGGAUCUCAAGUCCUGAUUUGAAAAACACCCGAAGACCAAACCAAUGGCAUAAUAUCAUAAUUAUCAACACGCGUCAUAAUGUUGCUGGAACCUACUGGCCGCUUCUGCCUUUAAACACAAGUAAACACAAGCUCCUCUCCUAAUUGCUCUGCAGCUGUCAAGCUUCGUCAAGGCUGUUUGUGCUGGCAGUAGCUGGAGAUAACUUCAUCUACCGAGCAUUCAUGUGGACUGGAGAUGCAUCCUUGCUUCUUUCCGCGGGAUGUUUUGUGACAUUAUUGUUUUCACAUUGCUUUCCCUUUGUUACAGUACUUCUGGCUCCCUUCCAGAACCUUUUUGGUUACUUUUUAGCCUCCUUAAGCUGGACUUUCUCUCCUGAGCGUAAUCAGCAUUGCAGUUGCUCCCGGCCUAAGACACCCUUGCUUUUUCUGUGGGAAACACCACUUGGUGAUUUUCACAGGCUUCAUUCCCAGAAGAUCUUUUUGGGAUGAAGUGAAUACAGCUUAGCACUACACAGAAUGUUCCUGAGGAAGAAUGCCACCGAUCCAAGCUCGUGUGAUCCGGAGCUUGUCAGGCCUUGAGAGUGAUUUGAGGUUUAAUUAAUCACCUACAGAUUUGGGUGACUUCUGAGUGACUCUGGCUUUGUGGCAGGAGAAAGUGAUGCUUUUACAAAAACAGGAGUAAAAAUGUUCCAGGGAAAAUAUAGGAUGAAAUAUCUCCCACUUAGGCUGGGUAUAUCACUUUGGAACGUAAUUUUUUUGGCCAAUCACUUAUCUAAUUCAGAGUGGAUUGGGUGACAACGAAAGUAAGAGCAAUUCUGUUCAGGCACGCUGCUGUCUCCAAUGACAGCACCCCUGGAAAGUUAAUGUCUACUAAACAAGAGAGACAUUUAUCUCCCAGGUCCACAGCACCUAUGAAGAAAAACAGCAAAGUUGUUUCUCCAAACAAUCUUUGGGAAUUGCUUUGGCAAUAAAAUCAACUCCACUGUAGUUCAGAUAUCUUUUUGAGUGAGUGUUGACAUCUGUAAUACAGCAGAUUUUUAUUUGAUGUGUUUUUGUUAACAUCGUCCUGAUAAGAUCUGCUCGCUUGUUCGCUGUGUUUGCCUUUGAGAAGUGAAACAGGGAGAGCGCAGCUGACUGAGCAGCUUCAUGACAAACGUCUUGAAAUGAGCCGAACCACCCGUAAGUGGCUCAUUCGGGCAAGAGGUUCUGCUGAGGGAAAAUCUCCAAUGCAAAGAUCAGCCGUGGAGGCCAGACCGUGGGCACUGAAAAGAACGUAUUGACUUACCCUGAGACAACUGGGGGAUCUGCUGAUUGAAUAAAUUCAUUACGAUGGCAUCGAGAAACCAGUUUGUUGCAUUCCUGCAGUGAUUUACUGUAAAGCCUUCAACAAGUAUUUUACAUCUCUGCCUCCAAUCUCAGGAAGAUUUUGAAGCAGGUUGAUGUUCAUUCUUAUUAUGUACUUAUAGUUAAGCAUAUGCACAGAUGCUUUUCUUAAAUUUGAACCCAGUGGUGGGAGAGAAGAGACAAGCUUUAAGAGGAGAUUCUGCUUUUUUCAUAUUUCUUAGAAUACUAAUCACUGUGUCCAGAUCUCACUCAGGUGGUCGGGAAUAAGCUGUGGGACAGUUGCAAGAGACUGAAGAAGAGGUUAUGCAACCCGCACACUGAGGUAAAAAUAAAACUCUUAAAUGUAUGGUCCAAACACACACACGAUUUUCCAGUUCCACGUUAUUUUAAUUAUCUGACUUGCAAAACACCAACAUACUGUAAAUUAGACCGCUGAGCUUGGGAAGAGAACGACAGCUGAAAACAAGAGUGGCCAACAUCAUGCUGUGCGUAAGUCCUGAAAAAACAACCGCAGCGUUUCAGAGUAACCUGCCUUUCCAGAUGAGCCGCGGCCGUGCCCAGGCUCACGAGGAUCCCCGUGCGGAGGUUCAGCCGUCUGCUCCGCAAGGUUGGAAGUCAUCUCUGAAAGAAGCAGCCCAUUCCCAAAUUUCCUGUAGGCUCCAGUGGAGUUAAGUAGCAAUAUGGAAAGUCAGCAUUCUGCCAAAGUCUGUGAACCGAAGCAAAUGAAGAUUUUUUAAAGCCCGUGUUCCUUAGAAAGUAUUGCUGUGAUUCCAGCAAGCCCAGCCAGCUCUGAAGAGCGGGGAUGGAUCCUGCCCACGCUGAUACUGAGAAACCCAACAGCUCCAUCUGAUCCAAACCCAGAAAUCAAAGACAAGCCCUUCACUGACUUCAGUAGGGUUUGGAUCAGGCCUCUGAUCUCUGAAACCAUUUAAUAGAUUUCACAGGCUUUUAAAAAGAUGUGACAUGUAUAGCCCAACAAAUAUGGCAGCGUGUUUUGGUUUGGAUGAAGAACCUGAAACUGGAGAUGCCCUGGAGGACUGGGGGCCUUGGCUGAGCAGCUCCGGUCAUGGGAGCUACAUGGGAUCCUCCACUAGACCUGAGAGAAGAUCGUGUUUAGACAUAUCAGAUGUAUCUAUAUUCACAAAUGAGAGCCAUACAGAAGAGCAGUAGUCGUUCUUGACCUUGUUAAUGGUUGAUAAAUGGACCUGUUGAAGCACAGGAUUUGAUGGCCUGGUUUCUCUGACUGCGUGUGUCAAUGUCAGUCACAGAAAAUUCUGGUGCUUUUCCUAAAACAAAAAAGCAUCGAUACAUUGUUUGACUUGAUCCUUUGCUAAUACUUACCUCAAACUUUUUGAUUUGGGAAUCAGUCUGGAAAACCUGAGACAGCAAGUUUUUUGAGGUAUUUCCGAAAAGAUUAGGACACAGUGGAUGUGAUUCAUUUUACGUAUUUACAUGUUUCAUUUUGUUUGUUUGUUUUUUCCUUCUCCCUUUCAUUUCUUAAAGAGUGCAGUGUAAAAUGAUAUUUUCACUGUUAGACCCUACUUCAGUUUUGGAAAAUGUAAAGUCUUUGGUGACUUAAUUGGCAUUUGAGAUAUUUUAUUAAGUGGACUGCAACAGCUUCUGGGUAUUGUGGAAUUCCUGCUGAGGUCAGUAGCCCAAAGUUGAGAUCGGCAGAAACUUGUAAGUGUUCCCGUUUGACAUUGGAAGUUAAUAACUGGUGUCAAGCUACAUCUUAGGAAACUUUCUGCUGGGGUAGAGGAAAAAAGAAAAUCAGAGAUGCUCAGGCUUCCUACUCAGAUCUUACUUCUCUCAUCUGUUGAACAGAGCUCACUCACGCUGUUAACUUGGGGUUCUGUUUUAUUCUAUUCUGUUCCGUAUAUGAAAUACAAUAGCGAGGCGUCUGAUCCAAACUCCGCUGACACCAGCACAGGGCGUUCCAUUGUCAGAGCCGCAGCCUUUGGAGCUGGCAGGAUUCAGACUUGCACAGGCAAUGUAAGGCGGUCUCUGAUCUUCACAUAACCCUUUGGGGAAAGCCACGUAAGUUUUCCCUCUCUGAGCUGUUUUUGCAAUGUGUGCACACACGGGGAGACACAGAACCGGGGAGCACCGAGGUACAUGGGACAGCAGGAGCUCGCUGGGGUGCCCCAAAAGAACAGCCCUUUAUCUCCUCACCUUUCUUAUUCUGCUGACAUACUGGAAUAAAGAGCACAAGUGGGAAGACAGUCACUCCACAUUCUUAUGUCGCAGUGCCUUUCCCUGGAUAUUUGGUUUAGAGUGUACUCCAGAAAACAGGAAAAAAAGGAGUACGCGUUCUGCCUCAGGAAGCAGAACUGCACAGCGUGACGUAAAGGAAACAGCUCCCGAGACUGGAAGAACCCUUUUAGAAUAUCAGCUCUUGCCCACCCCCAAAAUCUUACAUUUUUAAUGAUCUGUUGUGUUUUGAGAAGAGAUAUAACAGCACUGAAUUGUGGCAAAAACAGAGCCGAGGGUGUUGGCUCUGUUAAACGAAAGUGGUCAGCAUUAUCUAAUCUGAUUCUAUCAUUGUUCAUGACCUGCCACUUACCUAUUGUUUAAUACAUUAUUAUAUUACAUCAUGUCUAUUAAGAGCUGCAACAAACUGUUCUACUGUUCCCUGCCAGCCAGAUCUGGUGGAAAAGUUCCUUGAAGAAUUUUUCUGUGCCUCCGUAGGCUGAAUGUAACCCCUGAGGUUCAAUGUGGGGAGAAAUCCCGCUGCACACGUCCAUCUGCAGAACUAUUGACAUGAACCUGCGCUGAGCGUCGCUGCAGCCGUCAGUGCGUCAGGGGAGGAGGAAACGAUAGUUAGCGCUAACACUUGCAUUCGAUUGCCUCACAGCCAACUUGUGUUUAAACCCGGGGGAUUCCACCUGCUGAAGUGCAGAAUAGGUUGGCUACUGGUUUCCAGAGGGAGAAGACUGGUUAUAAAAUGCAUCUUUUCAGCUGUUCUGUGUCUGUGUGUCUGGUAGAUUUUCAGGUGUAGGAUGUGCACCAGAUAUACCAUUUUUAAGAACUGAGGCUACAGGGGCCUGCGCAGUCAGAGACUCUUUGGUCUUACCGGCUCAAUACCACAAUGCAAAGGGCUUGGAGCUGAUGGGCAGAGAACGGGAAGGAGGAAUUUUCGGGCAGGAGGAGAAGACAGUGGCCGUGGGUGGAUCCAGCAGCUCCAUCCAGGUGUGGGCCAUGCUGGACACACACCAGGCUCACCUGGGAGGGCUGGCUCAGGUGUUUCUAUGGUUGUUCUGCCCCCUGGGACAGCAGCUGCUGAGAGACAAGGGUUAAAAAGAGGAGGAGAGUCCUGAGAGUCAACAGUUGGAGGUUUCGCCUCUGCCAAAUUGUCUGAGACAAAGAAUGGCAGGGAGGCCCGACAUCAGGAGUUUCAAGUUGCCAGCACUUUCCAUUUCUCAUGGUAUUUCAGUGUUUCCACUGCUUGUUCCUGGCUAAAACCAAGCAGUGCAUACAGUGCAAAUAAAUUAAAAUAGACGUUUGCAGCUUUGUACAGAUUUGGGGAGCUGCUCAGAGUGGUGAGCAGGGGGCUGGGUCACUUAAACCUGUCCUGUGGCUCUGAAGUGGGGAACCAGCCUUCAGCAAGGAGCAAUUUGAGAGUCUGUCAUCUCAAACUUAAGGGGCCAAACUGAUUUCCUUUUUUUUGGUUUUGUUUUAAGGAGAUCUGGUUUCACUUAGAUGAAUUAAAUGUCAAUAUAUCUGUUACUGCGAGUUGUUUCAGUGUAGAUUACAGCACCAUUGCAUGACUCUGUGCAAAAGUCUCCUUUUCCUCCAGCUCUGAGCUAAGCCUAUUCAAAGUUUUAUUUCUGUAUUUGCAAUCUUCUCUUUUGCUGCCGCAAGACCUGCACACUCACGGGGAUGGAGAGGAAAGUGCUCCGUGCAUGGUGACCCCUGCAGAACUGAGUCCCAGUGCAGCCCUACCAACCUCUGCUGCUCUCUGACAUCUAAGCUCAAGUGAUCUGAACAACGAAGCUUUUCUUUUAAGGGGCAAGCUGAGCCAUCUAAAAGCUUUGCUCCGAUGCCUUUAAAGAUAUCAGUGUGCAUGUAAGAAAGUUCUGUGCCUGAAGUUCCUGACUGGGCUGUGUUAGGUCCCUUUGCAAAGAAGAAUGAAAGGAAAGAAGGAAGGGAAGAAAGAAGGAAGAGUCUCAAUGCUGUCGUAUAAUAGACUUAAUUAGAUUUUGUGGGUGGUGUUUGGUUUGGUUUUUUUUAAGGAACAAGUAUUUGAUUCAGUUCCAAAGCAGCUCAAAAGGUUCCUACUUGUCACAUUUCUGGUCUCGGAGCUGAACGUCUUCCAGGGUUACACAACAAUGACUAAAACUGGAAACCUUUCAGACCAUUUCCAGAAUGAAGCAGGAAACUGAGGUGAUUGCUAAACCGAGGCUGGAGAAAUCCACUUCCAUGUGUGUGGGGUUAGGGUGAGAGUACCCAAUUUCAUGGGGAGCUUUCAAGUUGUUUUCUUUUUGAUUUAAUCUCAGAACAGAAUUAUUCUGGAACCAAGAUCUUCACAUUGUUUUGCUUAAUGUUUUACAAACAGGCUGUUGACUGAAGUUGUCACUGAACAAAAAUUCACCCCUACUUGUUUACAUAAGGGGAAAAUGUAGUCAUAAAAUGGGUGUAGCAACAACUUGGUAGGUAUUAGGUUAAGGUGCAAUGUAGAGAUUAUCCUCAUAAAACACUGAGCCCUACACUCAAAAUACCAAGAUUAAAUUGACGAUUACAUUUAGUGAAACUCUUUAAAGGCUGAACUCAGUGCUUAAGGCUCUUCACCGUUGUUCUGGGCCAGCUGAUGAAAAUCAAGAGCUCAGGUAGAGCUGCUCUAUUCAAGAGGAACUAGAUGCAGGUGAUAAAUACGAUAAAAAGCCUUGGUUCUGCUAGUGUUUGCUCUGUGGUAGCUCUUUGCUGGAUAGAAGUGUUUGGUUUGUUCGUCUUCUGCCACUUGCUUUAUGACCCUUGAAAUACAGGAAUUUCCUUACCUUUGUCCUAUAUCUAACUGGGGGGACACUUUCAAAGGUAUGAACACAGGUCUCUGGAGCAGUUCUGUGUCUCCCUGUAUCCAGCACAGUAAGAUCCUAGCCUUGGCGUAGAUAAUUAAGAAUAUACACUGAUUUUCUGAACUCUGAGUCUGAUACAUAUACGCUUCAAAAGAACUUCUGAACCCUCUCCGAAAUCAUUGAGAUUUCUCUAUUCCUGCCAUCCUGCCUGCCUUCACUGCUCCGUUUUUCGCUCUGAUAAGUUCUUAUUUGCGGAGGGAAAUAUGUUUUUAAGAAUAGUCAGCAAAAGUACUGCAAAUUUCAUCACAGCUCCUCCUCUGAACAGUUUGCAAGAGGAGGCUCAUGAUGUGUACAGACUUGCCCAGAAAUAAAGGGGAAAAACCACAGAAAGUAAAAGCAAGACACAAAAGGGCGACAGUUUGUGUGCGAGUGUUAGAGGAAGGUGAAAACACUUCUGGCAACAUCUGAGAAUCAUUUGCAGCAACCAAUUCAUAAGCUUUAAUUUCCAAUGAACAAAGAAAACAAGUAGCCCCUGGGACCGCCAGUGUGUUCUGUAAAGUGCUACCACGAGGCAGGUAUGAGAAAGACGACUGAACACGGUGGUUGCUAUAGGCCCGUAAACACCCAGGGAAAUAAGCUCAGUUACCGAGGCACUUGUAAAGAAAGCCCUGAAACAGGGAUGAAAAGACCACAGAAGCGGUUUCUCCACAAGGACGGCAGCUGCAACGUGUACUUCAAACACAUCUUUGGGGAAUGGGAGAGCUACGUGGUGGACAUUUUUACCACGCUGGUGGACAUCAAAUGGCGCCAUAUGUUUGUGAUAUUCUCCUUGUCCUAUGUUCUUUCGUGGUUGCUCUUUGGACUAGUCUUCUGGCUGAUAGCAAUGCAACAUGGAGAUUUACUCAAUGAUGAUGAAAUAACCCCCUGUGUUGCAAAUGUCCAUAGCUUCACAGGAGCUUUCCUGUUCUCCCUGGAAACCCAAACGACCAUUGGUUAUGGUUAUCGCUGUGUCACAGAAGAGUGCUCUGUCGCAAUCCUCAUGGUUAUCCUACAGUCGGUGUUAAGCUGCAUUAUUGACACUUUCAUAAUUGGAGCAGCCUUGGCGAAAAUGGCCACAGCUCGAAAAAGAGCUCAAACCAUUCGUUUCAGCUAUUACGCUGUAGUCGGCUUAAGGGAUGAUAAAUUCUGCCUGAUGUGGCGUAUUGGUGAUUUCCGACCAAACCACAUGGUCGAGGGCUCUGUCCGAGCUCAGCUCCUGCGCUACAGGGAAGACAAGGAGGGGAGAAUGACCAUGGAAUACAAGGACUUGAAGCUGCUAAAUGACCAGAUUAUCCUUGUUACACCAGUGACAGUCGUGCAUGAAAUUGAUAGUGAGAGCCCCUUGUAUGGUCUAGACCGGAAAGCUCUGGCCAAGGACAACUUUGAAAUCUUGGUCACGUUUGUCUACACAGGUGAUUCAACAGGAACUUCCCAUCAGUCAAGAAGCUCAUAUGUCCCCAGGGAGAUUCUUUGGGGCCAUAGGUUUAAUGAUGUCUUGCAUGUAAAGAAAAAAUACUAUAAGGUGGAUUGCUUACAGUUUGAAGAAACCACAGAAGUUUAUGCCCCUCACUGCAGUGCCAUGCAACUGGAUCGGAAGGAGCAAGAAUGGAGCCAAAUUGGGAAAACACGGGAAAAAGAAACAGAGACAUCAGCACUGGAGGUCAAGACAUUUAAUACGAACCAAAAGUCAUUUAGUGCGGUUGCUCUCGUCACCAGUUGCGAAGAUCCAGAAGACUCAGUGACAGCUGUCGAUCAGCCUUCUGAAGAAGUUUCUUAUCAGAAAGCAGCUGUGACCUUGAGUAGGCUAUCAAUAGAGUCCCAAAUCUAGCUUUUUACAGCAAUUAAUAUCGCUUCCAACAAAUUCUCCCAGCGCAGCUUUUAGAAUGUAAACAAUGAACUCAUAUGCACAAGUAUUUAUAUUGUAAACCUCGCUGACAGCGUGUACGGGGUAAUACAGCGCUGAGCUGCUAGAAGGAGUUUCAUUCUGCUUAACAUGGGUAUCAGUAACAGAUAAAACCAGCGAAUGUUUGGUUGACUAGACAGCUACUGCACUUGAGCAGACUUAUUGUAAACUAUUCCCCUGCAGGGACCAAUGUUGGACGUACCCAGAGACAGACAGAGAUCUGGGCGGGGAACUAAACCAACGGAGCGUGCCCUUGAGGGCAGAGUUUUUCAGAUUCAUUUGGGAGGCCGGUUCCCAGUCCCUCCAGGAGGCUCCGAAACUCCUCCACUGUCACAACAACCCGUUGUGCUUCGGUUCCGAUUGCACCUCUCAGGGUGAAGUCCCCAUCCUAGGGUCACACUGGUGGAUCUAUGGGGCUGUUCUUUGUAGGGGGGAGUGAAAUUCCGGUUCCAAAUCAGGUUGAGCCUCAGAGAGACGGUCACGUUUUUAGUGUGAGCUGUGCAAUAUUUUAAAUCAAAAUGUCUUUCAUUUCAGAAUGUCAGCCUUGCAUUUCUUUUGAGUAUAGUAUGCCUCUUUAGAAAGGCAAAGAUCAAUCUAGAGACCAGUGUGAUUUUGUCAAAAUGUAAUGCUUUUAUUCAUCUGAAAUGACUGUGUAAAAAUGACCUUUCACAGAGAAAUUCAACAUGCUCAGCUGUCAGCUCAGUUUGGAAAAGAGGAAAAUGUCCAUGUUUUGAGGUUGUCUGUGACGUGGAAGUUCCAUACUCUGCACAUCUCUGUCAUUAUUCAAUAAGCAAUAUCUCAUCAUGCUUUUUUCCCCCCCUUGAUGAUUACAGUUGAUUUGCAUUGUGUUUAAUUAUCAUGCUAAUAUAAAAAUAAUUCUCUCUGAA